AUUCUUUCCAUCGUCGAGUGGGGAUGUGCCUUUGGGUCGCCUUUGGAACCAUUAUUUAGAGAGAGAAUACAGAUGUGUUUGUUCGGUGAUUCGUGAAUAUGCACGUGCUCGCGAAGCUUUUGUUCGUUUCGAAGCCAUUUAUUUUUAACGAAGUCAUUACUGCCUAGGCAAAACGCAAUUUUGAAGCCCCAUCUUACAUAUGAUAUUUUCUCUAUUUUAUAUACUACGUAAUUUCCUUACUCGUUGAAUGGCGUUGUGACUCUUUUGAGUGGCUGUAGCAAAAUAUUCAGUGUUGGAUAGUGAGGGGGUGGGGGGGGGUGUUUAGUAAGAGACUUGAUUGGUAAAUACUUUCAGAUCAGAGUCACGAAUUACUCGCUAGGUGCCUUAUUUUAAUAAACGAAAACGGCGUUACUACCCUCUGUACGAAUCUUUCUACGGCCAGAUCCGACGGCCAUGUGUACUUGUGUAGUUUUCGAUUUACUAGCGUUAUCGUGCCCUGUGUAAUUUCUGGAUUGUAGGAUAUAUGAUUUACGCGCGUACAGCAACGUAAUAUGGCACCUACCAUUCAAACUAAUACCAAUCAAGCUGACAGAGAUAAACGUGUGACCCGGCCAGCGGAGAAGAGAUCCGAAUUAAUAUGCCGGGUUAAAUAUUGCAAUACACUGCCGGACAUUCCGUUUGAUCCGAAGUUUAUAACAUAUCCCUUUGAACCAUCCAGAUUUAUUCGUUACAACCCGACCUCGUUAGAACGCAAUUACAAAUACGAAGUAUUGACGGAACAUGAUUUGGGUGUUGAAAUUGAUUUGAUAAACAAGGAUACAUAUGCAGGAGAUCCUAAUGCACAGUUGGAUCCAGCUGAUGAGAAACUACUUGAGGAAGAUGUUCUCACACCGCAAGACUCGAAGAGGUCCAGACAUCAUGCCAGAAGUGUAUCUUGGCUCAGACGUACUGAAUAUAUUUCUACUGAAACUACCAGAUUUCAACCACAGAGUGUGGACAAGGUCGAAGCCAAAGUUGGCUAUAGUAUCAAGAAGAACUUUAAGGAGGAAACAUUGUAUAUGGACCGUGAGAGUCAAAUAAAAGCUAUAGAGAAGACCUUUGAAGACAAUAAAAAACCAAUUGAAAGGCAUUACAGCAAACCAAAUGUAGUACCUGUAGAAAUACUACCGGUAUAUCCCGAUUUUAAGUUGUGGAAAUAUCCAUGUGCACAAGUUAUUUUUGACUCGGACCCCGCACCGGCUGGUCGCUCUGUACCUGCGCAGAUUGAAGAAAUGUCUCAAGCUAUGAUACGAGGUGUGAUGGACGAAAGCGGCGAGCAGUUUGUAGCGUACUUUUUGCCACUGGAGGAGACGUUGGAUAAGCGCCGACGGGACUUCACCGCUGGUAUAGAUUACGCCGAUGAGGAGGAAUACGAGUACAAAAUGGCGAGAGAAUAUAACUGGAACGUCAAGAGCAAAGCUUCCAAGGGAUACGAAGAGAAUUAUUUCCUCGUGAUGAGACAAGAGGGGGUUUAUUACAACGAGCUGGAGACGCGGGUCCGGCUGAGUAAACGUCGCCAGAAAGUCGGACAACAGCCGAACAACACGCGCCUGAUAGUGCGCCAUCGGCCGUUGAACGCCAUUGAAUUCAGAAUGCAGAGGUACCGAGAGAAACAGUUGGAGCCGCCGGGAGAGGACGACGAGGACGAAGAGGAGGAAGAGGAGGAGCAGGAAACCCAGCAGGAGGUUGGAGAGAAAGCUGACGGGAAAGGUUCCGAAGGGGAGAACGAGGCGGGAUCCCGUGCAUCGUCGAGGGCGUCCUCGCGAGCGUCCAGCAGAAAAUCUCGAUCCAAGUCGCGAUCCCGCUCCGCAUCAAGAUCAAAGUCACGCUCCCGUUCACCGUCCAAGUCCAGAUCUCGCUCGCGCUCCAUGUCGCAUUCGCCGUCUAGAUCACGAUCGAGGUCUGGCAGUCCCCAGUCGAGGAACUCAUCCAGAUCUCGAUCCAGAUCCGCGUCGAGGUCGCGCUCGGCAUCCCCCGCCAAGUCACCGUCACCGCGAUCUCGAUCGAGCUCCAAGUCCAGGUCGAAGUCACGCUCGCAGUCGAGAUCGAGGUCUGUUAGCGGUAGUGGCAGUGGUACCGGUAGCGCGAGCGGCGAAAGCGGUUCCGAGAGCGAGUGAAGUACGAGACACGCGUCGGAAGUACACAGUCUACCCGUCACAUUCACCGAUCGUAUUGAUUCGACGAACGUUUCGUCACCCUAUCGUAAAAGCAUCGUGUCGGGGAAAAAUGAAUUCGAACAUUCUCACACGAAAGGUAACCUCGACGACGCGUACAAAUACAUGUACAUAAUUAUUACAAAGUGUAUGGAAUUCUCAGCGUUGGAUGCGCAAUCGAAGGAACAAUAAAUAUUUAUAAGUAUAUCUA